AUGGAAAUUUCGAAGUCACACCGGAAGACUGUCGGCACAGGCAGAGCUGAAUUCACACGAGAUUUCAAACCUGGCAAAACGUUGCAGUCUAGUGAAAUCGAAUCGGCGCAAAUCCCGGAACCACUCGAAAAGACCACUCCUUCAAGUAAGACUGAAUCUGUGGAAUCCCCCAGAUCACGCUGGAAGGCCGUCGACACAGGCAGAACUGGAUUCACACGAGAUCUCAAAACUGGCAAAACGUCGCAGUCUAGUGAAACUGAAUCCCUGCAAAUCCCGGAACAAUCUGGAAAGGCGGAGCAUCCAGGUAGAACUGAAUCUACGGAACGUCCGCAAUCACGCUGGAGAACCGUCGACACAGACAGUAGUGGAUUCACGCGAGACCUCAAAUCUAGCAAAACGAUGCAGUCAAGUGAGCUCGAAUCGGCACAAAUCCCGCAGCCAUCCAAAGUGAGGAAGCAUCCAAGCAGAACUGAAUCUGCGGAGCUACCAGGGAAACCCCGCAAGACGGACCAGUCAGACAAAAGUGAUCUUACCCAAGACCGCAGUUCUGAUGAAACGACCGAACCCGAUGAAUUCGAAUUCGCAAAAAUUCUUGACUCAUUCAAAAAGGCUUCGCAUUCAAGUAGGACCGAAUCUGUGGGAAUUUCGAAAUCACAUCAGAAGACUGUCGACACAGGCAGAGCUGGACUCACGCGAGAUUUCAAACGUGGCAAAACACUGCAGCCCAGUGAAAUCGAAUUAGGGCAAACCCCGGAACCAUCAAAGAAGAGCACUCCUUCAGGCAGCACUGAAUCGGUGGAACUCCCCAGAUCACGCUGGAGAACUGCCGACGCAGACAGAGCUGGAUUCACGCGAGAAGUUAAACCUGGGAGGUUGCCGCAAUCCAGUGAAACUGAAUCCUCGCAAAUCUACGAACCGUCUGGCAAAGCUGCGCAACUAGGCGGGAUUGAAACUGUGGGACUUACGAAAUCACUCCGGAAGACUGUCGACUCAAGUAAAAGUGGAUUCACGCGAGAGUUCAAAUCUGGCAGAACGAUGCUUUCCAGUGAAAUCAAAUCCGCGCAAUUUCUGGAACCAACCGAAAAAACCACGUAUCCAGACAGGGCUGAAUAUGUCCCGGGAUCACCGCGCGAGACGGUCCAACCAGACAAAAGUGGAUUCACGCGAGGUUUCAUAUCUGGCAGAACGAGGCAGUCCAGUGAAAUGGAGUCCGCGCAUUCCCUUGAAUCAUCCGAAAGGGCUGCGCACUCGGGCAGGAUUGGAUCUGUGGAGUACUCGAAAUUACUUCAGAAGACUGUUGACUCAGGCAAAAGUGGAUUCACUCGCGAACUCAAAUCUGGCAGAACGGUGCAUUCCAGUGAAAUCGAAUCCGCGCAAUUUCUGGGACCAUCCGAAAAGACCACGUAUCCAGAGAGGACUGAGUCUGCUCGGGGAUCACCGCGCGAGACGAUCCAACCAGACAAAAGUGGAUUCACGCGAGGUUUUAUAUCCGGCAGAACGAGGCAAUCCAGUGAAAUGGAUUCCACACAUACCCGUGAAUCAUCCGAAAGGGUUGCGCAUUCAAGCAGGAUUGGAACUGCGGAACACUCGAAAUCACUUCAGAAGACUGUCGACUCCGACAAAAGUGGAUUCACACGAGACUUCAGAUCGGGCAAGACAAUGCAUUCAAGCGAAGACGAAUCCGCGCAAUUUGUGCAACCAUCCGAAAAGGCAGCAUAUUCAGACAGAACUGUGGAGCUCCCGAGAUCACCCCGCAAGACUGUGCAGUCUGACAAAAGUGGAUUCACGCGAGGUUUCAUAUCUGGCAGAACGAGGCAGUCCAGUGAAGUGGAAUCCGCACAUACCCGCGAAUCAUCCGAAAGGGUUGCGCACUCAAGCAGGAUUGGAUCUGCGGAACACUCGAAAUCAUUUCGGAAGACUGUCGACUCGGGCAGAAGUGGAUUUACGCGAGACCUCAAUGCGAUACAAUCCAGUGAAAUCGAAACCGCGUAUGUCCCGGAGGCAGUACAUUCAGGCGGGUCUGAAUCAGAGGGGAUUUCGGAAUCACACCGAAGGACUGUCGGCGCAGGCAGAGCUGGAUACAGGCGAGAUCUGCAAGCCAGUGGAAUCAGAUCUUCACAAGCCCUCGGAUCAUCCGAAAGGGCCGCAUAUUUAGACGAGGAUGAAUCAGUGAAACGCUCGCAAUCAUCCCGUAAAACGGUUCAAUCAGGCAGUAGCGCAUCCAGGCGAGCCUUUAAAUCAGGCAAAACGUUGCGUGAACUUGAAAUCGAAUCCGAGCAAGAUUUCAGAUUAUCAGGCAAGGGGGUGCAUCCACUGUCUACUGAAACCUGGGGAGGAUUCGUCAGGAAGAUGGCAGAGCAAUCCGAAGCAUCCGGUGUGGUACCACUAAGAUUCUUCAAGGCCUACCUAUAUAGCAGUGAAAGUAAUACGGGUUAUGUGCGCAGAGUCAUUGAACACUUCGAGAACCUCCAUGCGGAGUGCGAAUCUAUGAAGAAUGCAUUCAUCACCUGUUUCCAGCCGGACUCUUCACUGAGCAUCAGCGGGGGAAGCAGCAGUCCCAGAUCACCAAACAGCAGGGGAAGCAGCAGUCUCGGUUCACCAAGAGCAACCACUGCAAUACGCAAGAAGCCAGCUCAGUCCGUGCAGAAAACGCCUGAUUUUUGCUACGAAUAA